AUGAAACAAGACACACGGUAUGUGGUUAAGUCUACCAGGUUUCAGUCUCCUGAGAAAGCCCGAGAUGAGCUCCAAUUUAGAACACAUAUAAGGACAGGUGAGGAGCACCGCCUGCCGGCGACCCGCCUCUCAGCCGCUCGGCCACGCCCCGUCUUCCGGCUUCUCGCGACAUCCGCCCAGCGGCGGCCUGAAUCUCGCGAUAAAGACUCAUUGUCUCGCGGGAGCUCGGCUGGCGGACGGGCUCUCGGGCGGCCCUGGUAGGGGAGGCGAGUUGCAUGUGUCGCUUCAGCUGGCGAUAGCGGCGGGAGCGGAGCCGGCGGGGCCUGUGCGACCGCCUGGAUUUGUGAAAUGGCUGCUGACAUUUCUGAAUCCAGCGGGGCUGAUUGCAAAGGAGACCCAAGGAACAGUGCCAAGUUAGAUGCCGAUUACCCACUUCGAGUCCUUUAUUGUGGAGUCUGUUCAUUACCAACAGAGUACUGUGAAUAUAUGCCUGAUGUUGCUAAAUGUAGACAAUGGUUAGAGAAGAAUUUUCCAAAUGAAUUUGCAAAACUUACUGUAGAAAAUUCACCCAAACAAGAAACUGGAAUUAGUGAGGGUCAAGGAACAGCAGGGGAAGAAGAAGAGAAGAAAAAACAGAAGAGAGGUGGAAGGGGUCAAAUAAAACAAAAAAAGAAGACUGUACCACAAAAGGUUACUAUAGCCAAAAUUCCCAGAGCAAAAAAGAAAUAUGUGACAAGAGUGUGUGGCCUUGCAACUUUUGGUGAGUUCAGGCUUAAGUAUGUUUAAAAUGUGUGAGCUAUUUUUUUCUCUUUCUUUCUCUCUCUCUCUCUCUCUCUCACACACACACACACACAUGAAAACUUCACAGGUCUAUUUUUUGCUAGGAAGAUAAAUUUUGCAUUUCUAACUAUAGCUUCAAAAUCAAAUUGUGGAGAAAUGUCAAAAUCUCUUAUAGAGGGACUUUUUACUUUCUGGAAUUCCUGCUUGGGCAUAUUUGAUGCAGGAUGAGGAGGGCUGGGUAGGAUUCCCUUUGAAGCCAGACAGUGCUGCUCCUCUGUCGUCUGCAGGUGUGGUGGCAGAAGGUUGCAAAAUGCCUCAUCCCCUCUGGGAAUGACAGCAGAAGGUGAGGAAGGUGGCUGAAUGUACCUGCCUUAGAGCCCCUCAGUUCUUGGAAGCCUUGAAUGAGUAGUGAAACUGGGUGGAAAUCUAAACCAUGAUCCCUUUGUAAGACAACACAGGUUGAAAAACAAUCAAUAGGCUGGUCCGAGUACAGUGGUGUUUACAACUAAUUGAUCACAACCAGUUAUAGAUUUGUUUGUUUGUUCCAUCUCCCUUCCCACUGUUUCACUUGACUAACCUUAAAA